AUCAUUGAUCGGAGAGCUCUAGAAUGGAGUAGAAGUUUGGGGCUGGAGGCUGUGUGCGGCCAUGAUGAUGCGGAGGCAGCAGGCGGAGUCUGCGGGCUGCAAGCUUCUUUCUGUCUGGCUGCUGUCCUGUCAUCGGCCUGGGUGUGGUUUGCGAGUCCGGGUACCGUUAGCAGGAAACCGAGCUUUCGAGCUCAUUUCACUUCGAAGGCGACGCAAAAGAGAAAUAUUUUCUACGAAAGUGUUUUUUCUUGUUUCUUCCAACUAGCAAGCAAAAGGUUGCAGUCGUGUUGGACAGGAAGGCGUUAGAUUGGCGCCGUUGUUCUGAUGGGAAAAAGUUUUCUGCUGGUUUCGCCUACUGCUCGUCUGUUUGAUUAGUUUUUUUGCUGUACUUUUUUCCUUCUUUUAACCUGAAGUGGACCAUUGAACGCGAAGAUGCCCAAAACGAUUAGUGUGCGAGUCACCACGAUGGAUGCAGAACUGGAGUUUGCCAUCCAGCCCACUACAACAGGAAAACAACUGUUUGACCAAGUGGUGAAGACCAUCGGGCUGCGGGAAGUUUGGUACUUUGGACUCCAGUACCAGGAUACAAAGGGUUUAUCUACAUGGCUCAAGCUCAAUAAGAAGGUCACAGCCCAAGAUGUGAGGAAGGAGAGUCCUCUGCUGUUUAAGUUCCGUGCCAAGUUCUUUCCUGAGGAUGUGUCCGAGGAGUUAAUCCAGGAUGCCACCCAGCGGCUGUUCUUCCUGCAGGUGAAGGAGGGAAUCCUCAAUGAUGAUAUCUACUGCCCACCAGAGACGGCGGUCCUCCUGGCCUCCUAUGCAGUGCAAGCCAAAUAUGCGGACUACAACAAGGAAGUCCACACGGCGGGUUAUCUUUCUAAUGAGCAUCUGCUCCCGCAGAGAGUGCUGGACCAGCACAAACUCAGCAAGGACCAGUGGGAGGAGAGGAUUCAAGUGUGGCAUGAAGAACACAAAGGAAUGAUGAGAGAGGAAUCCAUGAUGGAGUACCUGAAGAUUGCCCAAGACCUGGAGAUGUAUGGAGUCAACUACUUCAACAUCAAAAAUAAGAAAGGAACAGAGCUGUGGCUGGGAGUGGAUGCACUGGGACUCAACAUUUACGAACAGAAUGAUAAAAUGACACCAAAAAUUGGAUUCCCUUGGAGCGAAAUCAGGAAUAUUUCCUUCAAUGACAAGAAGUUUGUCAUCAAACCAAUUGACAAAAAAGCACCAGACUUUGUAUUUUACGCUCCGAGGCUGCGCAUCAACAAGCGCAUCCUGUCUCUCUGCAUGGGAAAUCACGAGCUGUACAUGCGCCGCCGCAAACCCGACACCAUUGAAGUACAGCAGAUGAAGGCUCAAGCUCGGGAGGAGAAGAAUCUCAAGAAGAUGGAACGGGCUCUACUGGACAAUGAAAAGAGGAAAAGGGAAGCUGCGGAAAAGGAAAAAGAGAAGAUUGAAAAAGAAAAAGAGGAAUUAAUGGAACGCUUAAGGCAGAUUGAGGAACAGACCAAAAAGGCCCAACAAGAGCUGGAGGAGCAAACACUGAGGGCUCUGGACUUGGAGCAGGAGAGGAAGCGAGCUCAGGAGGAGGCUGAGCGCUUGGAGGCGGAUCUUAAAGGCGCAGAGGAAGCCAAGAUGGCUCUCUUGCAGCAGUCAGAGAACCAGCUGAAGAACCAAGAGCACCUGGCCACCGAGUUAGCGGAGCUGACGUCAAAGAUUUCCCUCCUGGAGGAUUCGAAGAAGAAGAAGGAAGAGGAGGCAGUGCUGUGGCAACAUAAGGCCACCGUGGUGCAGCAAGACUUGGAAAAGACCAAAGAAGAGCUCAAAAACAAAGUGAUGGUGGCUCACGUUCAGGAGCCCCUCAACACCGAGAACGAGCACGAUGAGAACGACGAAAGCAGCGCAGAGGCCAGCGCCGAGUUUACGUCUGCUGCCACGUACAAGGAUCGCAGUGAGGAGGAGCGCAUGACCGAAGCGGAGAAGAAUGAACGUUUGCAGAAACAUCUACUCGCUUUAAGCUCAGAACUGGCCAACGCUCGAGACGAGACCAAGAAGACGGUGAACGACAUCAUCCAUGCGGAGAACAUGCGAGCGGGACGAGACAAGUACAAGACCCUCAGACAGAUCCGGUCAGGGAACACCAAGCAGCGCAUUGAUGAGUUUGAGUGCAUGUGAUGCGGCAGUCAACUGGAUUGCAAGUUGUGCGUCAGUUAAGCUCUAAGCUCUUUGUCUCCUCCCAAGAAAUCAGCUUCCAAACAGCACAAUGUACAAAUAUGGAAAAUUCUAUUUGCUAUUCUUUCUAACUCUGAAUUUAGGCAAGUCACUGGUGAAUAAGGGACAUACGGUAUUUUAUAACACUUUUGUAGGUUAUCAGUGGUGGAUCACAUUUCCUGAAAGUCAAAUUUUGUCAUUUUCAGCUUAGAUUUCUGGCACUUCCUUGUAUUGUCCCUUCAAAAUAAAAGACCUGAAGGCCAGUCUUAACGCUGUGCCUGUUAGAUAGAUGUUUCUGCUGUACACAUACAAUCUGCAUUUUUCUGAUUAUAUUUAUGAUCCCAUGACAAAUUAUUUUUUUUGCUACAUCAGCAGAACAACGUUGAGGACAAUGGUUCUUCUUUCAAAUAGGGGAAAGAGCAAACUUGUGCCAACCCAACAACAUUUUUAGUUUAUUUGUGGUGUUAAUUGGAAAACAAUUUAACUUAGUUUUGAACAUCACACUAUGUUUGAAGCUCUGAGUUUAGUGUUAGGCUUUUAGUUUUUAAUGUAUAAGCUUUUAAUCAAAUAGUUUUGUUAUUACCAAUGGAUGCAUAUUUUCCCAACAAUUCAAACAUCCCACAGUAUGUCUUCUGUAAAGUAGAACAAAAAAAUCUGAGGUGAUCUAAAAUGUCUUUUUGCAUAUAAUAAUUUCCUUUAACAUGCACUGGAACAUCGCAGUUUGCAAUAUUAACCAAAACAACAAUGAGAAGUAUCUCCAAUUCAUGCAUUCUAAAAAAUAUACUGUAUGUAUUUCAUUCAUACCUUUUGUAUUUUUGUGAUUUGGAUUUUUCUGAUGUGAUAAAAUCAUGUACGGUGUCAUUAAAAAAAAACACCGUUGAGAAUAUUUUUGUAUGAUACAAAAUCAGCAAUACUGAAGACAGUGUUGUAAACUAAUGAGGUGGCUGACGUCUGUUCUAGUUGAAGUUGAAGGAACAAGCAACACCCUGUGCACCCUGUGAUUGGACCAAUGAAAACAUACAUUCCACUUCACAACUCCAAUUAAAGUUUCAAUUAAUCUGGCGUGCAAACGAAUAUAAUCCACCACCAAUGUUUGGUGCAAGAAGGGUUUUGCUUGUUCGUAGAAAUUAGAGAUUAGUCUUUGAAAGUUGUAUUUACAUUAUUUUGCAAGGUCAAAAUAAAAGUAUUAUAGCAGUAA